GGGGAGAGCCUGGAGGGGCUGCUGAGCUGCGAGCCGGGGCUGCUGGCCAAGCGCGACUUCGUGACCGGAUUCACGUGCCUGCACUGGGCAGCCAAGCACGGGCACCAGGAGCUGCUGGCCCACCUAGUGGCCUUCGCCCGCAAGCAGGGGCUGGCCGUGGACGUGAACGCGCGCAGCGGGGGGGGCGGCUACACGGCGCUGCACUUGGCCACCAUGCACGGCCACUUCGAGGUGGUCAAGCUGCUGGUGGGCGCCUGUGACGCCGACGUGGAUGUGCGGGACUACGGCGGGCGCAAGGCGGCGCAGUACCUGGACCAUGGCACCCCGGAGGAGAUGAAGAGCCUGGUGGGGGCGCUGCAGGAGGAGGAGGAGGACGAGGGCGCGGCAUCCAACGGGAGCGGGCGCUGGAGGCUCUCCAAGGUGCUGCCCACCAACCUCAUGGCCUACAAGCUCUCCCACCACCAUCACCACCACCCAGGGCUCUGUGGAGGAGGCCGAGGCAGCCGAGGGCACAGCCACCCCGGGCACAGGAAAACCUCCAACAGCAGCCGGAUAAAACCCCGGCUGAACAAAAUCCGGUUCCGGACACAAAUCAUCCACACCACCCCCUCCUUCCGGGGAGAGCCCGACGAGGAGGAGCAGGAUGAGAAGCCCCUGAAAACAUCCUUCAAACUCAGACCCAAAUCCAACGUUUUUGGAUGAGGCGGUGGGUGGCAUCAAAGUCAAGGCCAGGAACAGCCCAAAUCCCUGCUCUCAAGCCCUGCUGGGCCCAUAGCACCAAGGAAAAGGGGAUGGGUACCUGGGCAUCUUGAGCUUCCCUCGGGAUGGGGUUGCCAAAUCACUUGGUUCACUUCAGCGUCUGAAGAAGUGUAAACAUUGCGCAGAGCCCUCAGAGUGCGGCAACUGCAAGGAAAGCGGCUGCCUCGGUCAACUGUGCUUAAGGGUCAUGUUCCCUGCCUAAGAGUCACAUUCCAGCAGCCCUAGUCCAGGGGCAGUGGGUCUGGAAACGAGUUUGGGAUCCACAGACCGCUCCAGAAGCCAGGCUUCUAGGUCUAGAAACCAAGGUGAUGGUACUUCUGGUUUACACGUGCAUGUGUGAGGGGAGGAAAAGAUUUAAACACUCAGCUUCCACACCUAAUGGCUACACCAUCAAUGGUACUGUGAAGACAUGCAGUCUUCAUGCACAGCUGACUAUUUAUGGGCUCCUUAAAUAUGUUCAUGUAUUUUCAGAGUCCUUUCCCAUCCCCUGUCCCCUGAAGAAUAAUACCACUUGGAAAGUGAAGAGUAAGGUACCAGAGAGGAGAAAUGUAGCAAAACUGCUCAAGUCUAUCUUAAUUUUAUGCACUGAGAGUAGUCCCACUUGAAAUCAAGCCAUUUAAAAUGCAGAAGCCCAUGGGAUUCCUAACAGCUGCUGAAGUUAAGGAUGUACAGAAGUCACAGCUGUCUGAGGUACUGCUGAACUUGUUCUCAGCUGGACUGCUAAUACAGAAUAACAGGAGUGACAGGUCUCUUUUUAAAUUUUAUACAUCAAAUAAGGCCAUUUUAUUUUAUUCACUGUGAACCCUCAAAUAGUAGAUCUAGCACCAUACAAGUUUAUUGAUGUUUGGUCAAUUCCUGUUAAUACCGUUCCUGUGUAACACCAUUUGAACUCAUCUAAAAUAGUCAUGCACAACUCGUACAGUAAAGUCACCUUGUAUUAGAUGGAAGUGUGGGUGCUGUCAUAUGACAUCUGCGUAAAAUGCUACAUUUCUGAAAUGCAGUAGCACACUUAUGUUUUCACUAGUAAAUGUGUUGUAACGCAUUUCAAUUCCUCCAGCUCAAUGUGUGCAGAAAUGCUUUUAAAACUACGGCAAGGUGAUCGACUGGAAUUAGAUCGUACGUUCCUCUUUUGUUUUGGUGUACUCAGUAAAAGCUGCUUAAUGAAAAAGCAUUUCUAAUUUUAUGUAGGUGGGGAUGGUAUUCACAUUCCUAACCAUUUUAUUUCUAGAGAUGUGACUAUAAAAAUGUGCUUUAAAAUCAGAUCUCUAGUUUGAGAUUUAAAAUCCCUUUUUUGUGUAUAUAAUUUUGAAAUUACUCUUCAAAACAAUGUUCUUAACCCCAAAGACUAGUGUAUUCCAAAUCUAUCCUUGACAUUUUCUGGAAACUUGAAUAUUGGCCUUUCUGCUACUUAAACAAUUAAUUCCUGAAAAAGCUAGGAAACAAACAUGUUGAAAUACCUUUAAUCUUAAAGAAAUGGCUAUUGGGCUGGUCUUGGAUGGUGGGUGUUUCUGGUCAUAGAAUCUUAUCUGUGCCUAGAUGUUAAAAUGUUACCAGUUAAAAUGUAGCACUCAUCAAAGCAUGUCUCAACUUACGCUUCCUCAAAAUUAUAUGAGCAUGUUUGUCAGGUGUCUUACCAAAUGUAUGUGGCUUUAGAGACGCAAAUCCCAGUCUGAGACAGUAGUUACAUGCAUGCCAUAAGCACUCAAAACGUAAUCAAGCAAAUUGCUUCUGAGUGUUCUGCAUAUUGGUUUGUGUUGACAGCUUUAAGAGUUUCGGUGGUGACAGUUCAGUCUUUACAGUCAACAAACAGAAGCUGUGACAUGGUGGGGACUCCUCAGUUUGACUUCUUCCCCAGACCAGUUUGCAAUUUCUGCACCCUGUGCUUGAGCCCAUAAAUCAUAUUCUUAUUCAUAGUAUUGAGUGCAGACCUAUAUCUUUAGUAAAUACUGAAAACAAACCUUGGUAAGCAAUUCAGUAGUGUAUAAGACUCACAAUCAGGUGCUAGUCAUUAUUUUUGUGCAGGAAGACUAGAAAUUAUGCAGAUGUUCAGCUACAUUUUAUAAUUUGUAAGCUAUACUAUAAAUUACAUGUGCCUUCACUUUUUGGUUGUACACUACACAUAUGGGUAUAUUCAGCCUUGAAAAGCACCUUCUUUUUUAUGUAUAUAUGGGGUAGAGCCAACAAUCUCCCUUCAGCCCCCUUUCUGCCACCCUUUAAUUUAGUGCAACAACAAUUGGAUUCCUUAUGGAUAAAAGAUCACUUGUUGCACCAGAUGCCUAAAUACAUUCCGUAAGAAUGCACUUCAAACUAGAUGCUCUGUAAAUGUUCUGCAGUGCAGAAAAUAAAUAUCUUUACAUUUCUGUAAAAGACAUGUGGCUUAUUAUGAUUGGAAGUUUCCAACAGCUCUCGAGUGCAAUUCUUUCCAUGGUACUACCUAUUGUUGAAUACACAGAGUUCAUUAUUAUGAUUAAAGGAUCUUUAUAUACUGUUGAGGGAAGUGUUAAGCUGAAAAUUGCACAAAACUAAUAAAUAAAACAGGUGCAGGAGUUCCAAGAGAAUAUUUUGAUCUGUUGGACUGUAGCACAAGCUGUACUACAAAAUGUAUUUUGCAAGAACUUCUAAUCUAGUAGAAACUAUCUAGUAACUGAGGGAACUAAAUUUGAGAAUUAUUAAAUCUUUGCAUACAUAUAAUUCAUGGUUUGAAAUCUCAGAUUGAAACUAUAGUAUAUUGCUAAGGAUCUCUAUCCACCAAAAGCACCGAAAUAUAAUGAGACCUCAUGUUAGCACUGGAAAGUUUUGGGGUUUUGGGUUGGGUUUUGUGUUUUUUUGUUUUUUUCAGACGUGGGCUGAAGUGGCACAAAGUGCAGAACCAGCAAAGUUCUACUGUAGCUCUUCGAAGCAUUUGCAGUGGCUAGCUAGUCACCAUUGUUUUGCUUGUUCUAUGGGACAAAAGCAUUUUUAUUUCACCCAUUGACCUUUCACAUUCCACUCACUUUUUUUUAAUAAGCAAAAACAUAAGCUUUGCUAUGGGGAUGGGGUAAUCUCUUAAAACCGUUUGGGAGAUGUAUACUUUACUCAUACUUCUAACUCACGUUAUAUCUGACAUGUUUCCUAGAAAGAUGUGAAUUUGAACUAAAACAAAUUGUGUGGUACAAAAACUGGAACACUUACAAGUGUCUAAAAUAAUACAGUUAACUUUAUUGAAUGUUUAUUGGGUUUUUUUCCCCCCACUUUCUAUGAUAGUGUGUGAUGCAACAAGACUGUAACUUCAACAUUUGAUAACUUUUAUUGUAUCUGAUGCCUGAAAUAGGCCUGGAUGCCUGUCAGUUUUUAUUAUUACAACUUUUUUUAUGGAUGUGUUAUCUCAAUGGAGGAAUUAAUGAGCAAAACUGUGCAAAGUUUAGUUUUAAUGAAAUAAACAAUUCAUGGGCA